GAAAAAAGAAAAGCUUCGUCCUCUCCAUUGUUUCCAUUUCUCUCUCUCUGUGACGGGGAACUUGCAGAAGGCAACUUUUAAACCUGGAAAGGUCCGUUCUUCACAAGUGGGGCCCACCGUACGGGCAGCUGAAGCUCGGGAGCCGUCGAUCAAUGCCUCGGGCAUGAUGGGUUUCCUGUCCAGGCUCAAAGCGUGCCUUAGCAAGCUCAGGUCCGGGGGCUUGGCCUCCGCCGUCGACGGGGCCCACGAGGACGACUCCUCCGGCCUCUUCUUCGAGCUCCGGUCGCUUCAGAUCGCCACGAACUUCUUCUCAGAGCUUAAUCAGCUGGGUCACGGCGGCUUCGGCCCCGUUUACAAGGGGUUGAUGCCAAACGGUCAAGAAAUAGCUGUAAAGAAGCUUUCACUUACUUCCAGACAGGGAAUGAGAGAGUUCACGAAUGAGGUGAAAUUGCUGUUGAAAAUCCAACACAAGAAUCUCGUCAUGUUACUUGGUUGUUGCGUGGAAGACCCGGAGAAGAUGCUUGUUUACGAGUACCUGCCGAACAAGAGCCUUGACACUUUCCUUUUCAGCAAGAAUAGGCCCGCCACACUUGAUUGGACGACCCGAUUUCACAUAAUUACAGGUGUUGUGAGGGGUCUUCUGUACUUACAUGAAGAAGCCCCUGAAAGGAUCAUCCACAGGGACAUUAAGGCAAGCAACAUAUUGCUGGAUGAGCAUUUAAAUCCAAAGAUAUCUGAUUUUGGCUUAGCAAGGCUUUUUCCUGGCGACGACACCCAUCUGAAUACCUUUAGGAUAUCGGGUACCCAUGGCUACAUGGCUCCUGAGUAUGCAAUGCGUGGAUACUUAUCGGUGAAGACUGAUGUUUUCAGUUUCGGGAUUGUGGUUUUAGAGAUUGUAGGCGGGAGAAAGAAUCACAACAUUCAAUUAGGUAGUGAAAAGGCCGACCUCCUGGGUUACGCAUGGAAGCUCUAUCAAGAAGGGAGGCAACUAGAACUAGUAGACCCAAGUCUUCCAAAGUACAACCGCGAUGAAGCAGCGAUGUGCAUUCAGUUAGGUUUGUUAUGCUGCCAGGCAAGUUAUUCGGAGAGGCCUGAUAUGAACUCGGUACACCUCAUGCUCUCGAGCGACUCGUUUAAUUUGCCAAGGCCCAGUAGGCCUGGAAUUCAAGGCCGGGUGGGCCACUGGACGACUACCACGAACUCUGUCCUCACGAACACAAACACAAACACGAAUGCUACUAGUACUAAUACUGGGGUUACGAAGGCCUCCACGGGAAGCAGUUUUGUUGAGGAGUAUUCAAGGAAUUCAAUCUCAGUUUCUUCUAUCGACGAAGGUAGAUGACUUACGAAACUAAUAGUGUUGUGUAUAGUGUAAAGUGUUUUCACUAUUGAAAAAUUCAUUCUUUGAGGCUUCUUUAUAGGAGACGGCUAUUGUUUGGUUUUGUUUAUGAUCAUUGUAUCUAUUACUAUGUCUCUAGAGAACACAAAAUCAUUAAUGUGACUAGUAGAAGAAAACUUGUGUAACUAGCUAAUGAAAUGAAACUAUAUUUUUCAUCAA